AUGGCUUCAUCUUUACCGAGCUCUUCGUCACCAGCCCGGGCCGUGCCCAGAAGUCGGCAAGGUUUGGGAACCCCACGGAGUGCGAGGGGAACGCCACGGAGCGCCGACAUGGCUGCCGGGGCGGAUGAGGGGCGGCGGGCACACAGCGCCAGCCUUGCCGGCCGCAGUGACGAUGGGCAGAGGAGCCCAGGGCCUCGCCUAGACCGGAGCUCGAGCUCCUCCUCCACUUUUCUCGCCAUCAACUCGAGCUCGGAACGCCGGCUGCGUCGAGCCUUGGCCUUUCGUCACCUCCCCGGGCCCGACAUCAGCGCUGCUGCCCUGGAGGCGGAGUCCCCGAGGGUCUCCACCUCUCCGGCACCGCUCAGCGCUCGCCUGCCGCGGCCCGUGGAUUCCGAGGAGUACCUGACAGUGGCUGAGGAGGCUUCUGCGCUCGACGCAGAAGGCGUUCAGACCCUAGAGGUCAAGGAGCAGGAUGCGGAAUCGCCUGCAGCUCCGGAGAUCCAAGUUUCACCAAAUUCCUUCUCGGCGACAACAGCCACGAGUAUGGAGGGACUCAGUUCCUGCUGGGGACUCGGGACACCAAGCUCCCGGCCCCGCGUCGUGCGCGAGCGGCCGCGGCAAACCCCGCCACCGCCCUCGCCGCCGGCAGUGGGCUCUACGAGUCUGCCCCUGCACGAGAUGUACGAAGUUUUGCUCACCCAAGAGCAACAGAUCUGCAACAACAAGGCCAGGGUCUCCGCACUGCAGCAGAUGCUCCUGCAGCAGCUGGAAGAGCGCAAGAAGACAAAGUUUCUGAAUGCCGAGAUCGCCAAGCUCUCUGCAAAGCAUCAGGAGAUGUUGGCGCUCUCAGAAGACCAAAAGGUGCAGCUCCACAAAGCGAAACUGCACCGCCAGGCUCUGUACCAGGAAGUGAGGAGGCUCCGAGGCCCCGGAAGGAGGCGAGCCUCCUCGGUUCCCAACGGCAAGGCCACGAAUGCCUCGAUGGAGGCCGUGCCUUGCAAGAGGGACGACCGCGGCAUCGCUCAGAAAGGAGGCAGAUCUGCCAUCCCGGCCCGCCGCAGCAGCUCACCACCGACGAGCCCCGACUCCGGACCAGGUCCGCAGCGAAGCUCAUCGGCUGCUGCCCUCAGGGGGCCGAAACCGAGCAAGAUGGAAGGGACAGAAGGACAGCCUGCCGCUGAUAGCCCGCGCAGCCUUCGCCGGGGUCGCAGCACCUCAGCGACGGCGCUGCACAGGAGCAAGCCCUUCCUCCUGCCUCCGGGCGCCAAGGCUCCGGCACAGGCAUGUCAAGGCUUCCCCGGUCGCUCAGAGACACAGCGACGGCGGAGCGACGGCGAUCUCGUACGGAACCGAUGGCGCAGAGGUGAAGUUGCACAUCUCCAGCUGCAGGAGCUGCCCGAGUCGACGCAAGUGGAGGAGCAGCACUCAGGCCGUAGCUCCUCCACGGCCGGGAUGAGCAGGAGCAAAUCGUCUGCCAAGACGUCAUCGGCACGGCCCUGUCCAGGUGAUGUGGAACAUCAGCUGCAAGAGCUUGAGCAUCAGCUGCAAUGCAUCGCGCAGGCGGAGGAGCGAGAGAAAGGUCGCAGCUCCCCCCGCUCUCCAGCCGCCGCGAUGGAAAGGAGUCGGCCUCGUGCCAAGACGGCAACGGGCCAAGUACCCCAAGGCACCUUGGCUCGCGCAGAGACGCGGCGACGGCGAAGUGAAGGUGAUGCUCAGACGCUUCGCCCAGAGGCGGUCCAGGAGCCAGAAAACGGCCAGACAGGUCAGAAAACUGGGGCUGGGCCUCUGCCGCAGAGAGAGGAGGAGCAGGAGGCCUCCAAGCUGCAGUUGCCGCUUUCCGCGCGAAGUACAGCGCUUCGCUCGGGAGAGCUGCGAAGCAGCAGCCCAACGAAGGGGAAGGAGUUGCUGGCCGCUUCAUCCCCGGACGGUACGCUGGCGUCCCCGCACUCACAGGAGGAACUUCUGCAUGCCUCCUCCAGCUUUUUCCGCCUGGGAUCUGAGGUUCCCCUGGUGGCCAGCCCCGUGUCGCCCGGAGCAAGCGAGCAGAGCUUAUCGCUCCGAGCCCGGCAGCUCGUGAAGGGCGAGGAGGUCGGUGUGGAACGAGUUUGCCUGGCAUCUUCCCCAAGCGCAUCUCCAAGCGACCAUGCGGACUCGUGCGAGGUUCUCUGGGCCUCGCCUGGAACGAGUGAGCUGGAGCAGGCACGAACACUCGGGAAGAUGUCGGCUCGGCAGCUGGUGGGGGAGGAGGAAGCCGCCGUGGAACGAGUUCGUUUGGAGUCUUCCCCGAGCGCUUCGCCCAGCGACAACGUCGACAUGCGGCAGGCUGUGCGUGCGCCGGAGCGUCCAGUGGCAGAGGAGCCCGUGACGCGGCAGGCGGAGGUGUCACCCUGGAUCACCAGUUGUCCAGAGCCAACUCUCCUCACGCGCUGUCGCGCCCUUGCAGCCUCCAAGGCCAUGUGUGAGGCGGCCGCAGAGCGUGCAUCGAAAACACAGGCAUCGCUCAUGCAGCUCCAGUAUCGGGAGGAAGCCGUGAUGGUCGAACUUUGGCAAGAGCAAAAGGACCGUGAACAGAGACAGCAAACACGGUUGCGCCUCUCCCCGGCGGCUGGAGGCGAGCCUGGCACGGUCAGGCCGAUCUUCUGA